AUGGCGUGCUUCCUGGAAGAGACCGACAUACCCAGGAGCACAGACUCCCUCCACACUCUCGGGCAAGUCUCAUCGGAAAGGAGUGAUGAGCAGGUUGGAAAACACGACUCGCUGGAGAAAGUGGCUCCCAGCUUCCCCAUAGCGGUGGAGACAUUCCGUCUGAUGGGAGAGCUCACCGGGCUCUACAUGGAGCUAAAGGAGAACAUGAAGACCCUAGACGAGGCGAAAGCUGGCCAAUCGGACCUGGAGAAGAUCCAGUACCUGCUCUCGCUGAUGGUCCAAAAGACUAUGCCACCAGACCUGCAGGAGCAGCUGAAGACCAUAAAGGCCUUGACCAAAGAAGUUCGGCAGGAGAAAGCAAAAGUGGACAGGAUGCAGAGGAUCCUGGAGGGCGAAGUGAGUCUAGAGCUGGGAAAGGAGAUGCAAGCUGGCCAGCUGGGCAUGCAGCUGAGUCUCCUCAGAGUCUCUGUGGCCGACAUCGAGAAGGAGCUGGCUGAGCUGAGGGAGAGCCAAGAACGGGGCAAGGUCAGCAUGGAGCACUCGGUCUCCGAAGCCUCCCUUUACCUGCAGGACCAGUUAGACAAGCUCAGGACGAUCAUCGAGAACAUGCUGGCCUCCUCAUCCACGCUGCUGUCCAUGAGCAUGACCCCGCAGAAGGCCCCGGUGGCCUUGUCACCUGGCCAGAUCGACCCUGAAGCCACUUGUCCAGCCUGCAGUCUGGACUUAAGCCACCAGGUCAGCACGCUGGUGCAGCGUUACGAGCAGCUGCAGAACAUGGUCAACAGCCUGGUGGCCUCCCGGCCCUCCAAGAAAGCCAAGCUCCAGAGCCAGGACGAGGAGCUGCUGGGCCACGUCCAGAGCUCCAUCCUGCAGGUGCAGGGCGACUGCGAGAAGCUCAACAUCAUCGCCGGCAACCUCAUCGAGGACCAUCGGCAGAAGCAGAAGGACAUCGAUGUGCUGUACCAGGGCAUCGAGAAGCUGGAGAAGGAGAAGGCCAACAGGGAGCGCCUGGAGAUGGAGAUCGACGUGAAGGCCGACAAGAGUGCCCUGGCCUCCAAAGUGAGCCGCAUCCAGUUUGAUGCCACCACGGAACAGCUGAACCACAUGAUGCAGGAGCUGGUGGCCAAGAUGAGCGGGCAGGAGCAGGACUGGCAGAAGAUGCUGGACAGACUCCUGACAGAGAUGGACAGCAAGCUGGACCGCCUGGAGCUGGAUCCCGUGAAGCAGCUGCUGGAGGAUCGGUGGAAAUCCUUGCGACAGCAGCUCAAAGAGCGCUCCCCCCUCUACCAGGCGGACGAGGCAGCCUGCAUGCGGAGGCAGCUCUUGGCACAUUUCCACUGCCUGUCCUGUGACCGUCCCUUGGAGACACCUGUGACUGGACAAAUCAUCCCCGCGACUCCCGUGGGACAGAGCCUGCCGGGCCACCGCUCCUCCCGCCCCUACACCAUCUUCGAGCUGGAGCAGGUCCGGCAGCAGAGCCGCAACCUGAAGCUGGGCAGCUCCCCCUUCCAGCGGGCGGACCUGGCAUCCAUGGAGCGGAGCGUGGGGCGCCUGCGCACCAUGCACUCCAAGAUGCUGAUGGACAUCGAGAAGGUGCAGAUCCACUUUGGGGGCUCAGUUAAGGCCAGCAGCCAGAUGAUCCACGAGCUGCUGCAGGCCCAGUGCCUUGGCUCCCCCUGCUGCAAACGAAGGACGGAUAUGUCCGACUACACCUACUCCACGGUGUCCCGGCAUUGCGGGGGCAGCCACACCCUCACCUACCCCUACCGCCGCAACCGCCUGCAGCACCUGCCGCAGGGCCUGUACCCCGAGGACAUCCAGCUGUCCUCGAAGCAUCACGAGGUGGAUAUCUUGGGCUUGGAUGGACAUAUCUACAAGGGACGGAUGGAUACAAGGCUGCCAGGCAUCCCAAGCAAAGACAGUGAGUGUCCCGGUGGCCCAGCCGCCCCUUGGGCUCCUUGCUUGGGUCCCACAGGGUCCAUCCAGCUCCUGGUAGGCCAGGCAUUUCUUGGCCUGGACCCUGGCUGCCUUCCUCUCUACCUCCCCGACUGCAAUGUUCAGGUCUCCAAAAGCCCUGGCCACCGCUCAGGAAAUAUCAAGCACAAGGUCAAGCAGUCCCGGUCCCUCACACACCGGCAGCCGUCCCUCUGCGACAGCAGCCAGCUGCCCUCGCGGCCUCAGAGCGCUCAGUUACUGGCUGGCAACACCUCAGAAGAGCUCUCCUUGCCCCCAGGUCUGGAAGUUCCUAGAAUCCUGCUGUCCCCUGAGGAACUAAGUCCUGCCUGGAAAUUAGACGGCUAA